CGUCGAUAGAGGACCGUUGCUACAACUUCUCAUUCGGUUCUCUUCAUCCCGUGUUUCUCUUACUAUCAAACAUUGUGUCUUUACAGAUAACUUAUCUCCGAACUAUAGUGUGCCUGGACAAAUGUGGUACAAAUUGUGUUUAGUAGCGUUAAUACUUAUUUUCUAUAGAGUGUGUGGAGGAAGAAGGAUGACAAACACAAAUAGAAAGGGACCACAGUUCAUACACGAGCCACCGAAACAAGUAGAAUUUUUAAAUACCACAGGUACAGUGAUACCCUGUUCGGUUUAUGGGAAUCCCACUCCAAUUGUAAAAUGGGUUACCGAAGACGGAGCUUCUGUAACAGAUGUCCGUGGACUAAGGCAUAUCCGUUUAGAUGGUACUUUAGUCUUCCACCCUUUUCGUGCCGAAGAAUAUAGACAGGAUAUCCACGCUAUUGUAUAUCGUUGUACAGCAACAAAUAGUGUGGGUACUAUAGCAAGCAGGAACGUUCAAGUCAGAGCAGGUGAGUGAAAAUAUC